AUGUUGGUAGCUGCCAACUCUGUGGAACGAGAAACGAAAAAAAGGCUCUGCAAAGCCGCAAAGGAAGGAGACUUGGAGGUGAUUCAACAAAUUUUGAAUGAUCCGAUUGGAUGCAGUUUGGUGAAUUCAUUCGGGCCAAAUGGUACCCCACUUUACGAAGCUGCUUGUUGGAAUCAAGUUGAAGCAGCCAGACUUCUUUUAAAACAUGGAGCUAAUGUGAAUGUACAGGACCAAAAUAACGGUUGGACGGCAUUACAUUUGGCAUGCAAAAAAAACUCAGUGGAGAUGGUGAAAUUAUUAGUUGAACAUAAGGCAGAGUUAAACAUUACGACAAGGGACGAAUUGAAACAAACUCCACUACAUUUGGCUGCCCAUUUAUCGUCUUUAGAAAUUGUGAAAUGUCUAUUGGAUAAUGGAGCAAAUAAGUCUCUGACAGAUCGAUUUGGUAGCACUCCAGAGAAAUGGACAAAAAAUCCAGAAAUCAAAUCGUUUAUUGUCAACCACCACAUUAACGAUAAGUCUAAUGACUCUCUAUCGAGCGUGGAUUCAAAAAAACAAAUAUUGAACAACAAGUACAGCAUAGAGGAGAGAAUUGGAAAAGGAGGAUUUGGAGUAGUUUACAAAUGUAGUAUGAUUAUACCAGGUUCAGAGCCAGCUCCUAGAGCUAUUAAGGUGGUGACAUUUGAAGAUGAGCAAGAAAUUGAAACUGCAAACAGAGAGGCUGCGGCCAUGUUGCAACUGGAAAAUCCAAAUAUUUUGAAAACUUAUGAAAUUUUUAAAUAUCAACACGAUGACUCUAGUAAGGGACUAUGUUUUUGCAUGGAAUAUUAUGCAUAUGGAGAUUUGGACUCGUAUAUACGAAAACAAAAGGAUCCAAUUCCAUCAGAAAUUGUUUUUUCUGUGUUCUAUCAAAUGGCUAAAGCCCUGGCAUAUUUGCAUGAACGAAAAUUAAUUCACAGAGAUAUGAAACCCCAAAAUAUUUUCAUUAAGAAUUUGGAUGGUAAAGUGAUCAACGUAGUUCUAGGGGACUUUGGUCUCAGUAAAACGAUCGAAAAUACCCAAAAUCAAACGAAAGCAGGAACUUGGCUGUUUAUGAGUCCUGAAAUUUUGUGUAAUCAAGCAUAUGGUUUCAAGACAGAUGUAUGGAGUUUAGGUGUUGUCAUGUACCAGAUAAUGUCAAAAGACAUGGAAACAAACGUGUGUGCCUUACUACUGACAAAAGGCGCCUCAGCGCUCGAAACGAUAAAAAGCAACAUUUCAAAAAAUGGCUUGUAUCCCAACGAAAUCGUCGAGUUAGUCCUUAAAACACUGUCAGUCGACCAUGAACAACGUCCAUCAGCAGCUGAGCUCUGUACCACUCUUUCGAGCAUCAAAGAAUAA